AUGCAAAUCCUCAUCGUCGGAGCCGGCCUAGGCGGUCUCUCAUGCGCCAUAUCCUGUCGCAAAGCCGGUCUUGACGCUACUGUUCUGGAACAAAGCCCUGAGAUUUCAGAGAUUGGCGCAGGAAUCCAAGUCCCCCCUAAUGCCUUCCGCGUCAUGCGUCAUCUGGGUCUACUGCCCCAGGUCAAAGCUAAAGGAACCCGGGUUGAAUGGCAGGAUAUCCUCAGUUAUCGCGAUGGGGGGUUGAUUAUUCAAAGGCUGCUUGGGGAUGAUACUGUGGAGGAGUUGGGAGGGCAGUGGUUGGUCAUCCACCGAGCAGAUUACCAUGCGAUUCUCCUCGAGGAAGCAAAACGGCUCGGGGUGAAUAUUCUACUCUCUGCCAAAGUAACAGAGCUGGAUGUCGAGAAUACCAAAGUCCACCUCGAAGAUGGACGGGAAUUCUCCGCUGAUGUGAUUGUUGGUGCUGACGGCCUUUGGUCCCAAACCCGCACCACAAUCCUCGACAAACCCUCUCCUCCCUACGAAACAGGCGACCUUGCAUACCGCGCCACAUUCCCCCGCGAAUCCCUCCUGGCGCUCAACGAACCCCGUAUCAACGAACUCGUCAACGGAAACGGGGUAACUCUCUGGGCCGGCCCAGGAGGCCAUAGUGUCUUCUAUCCAGUUAAAAACGGCACGGUGUUUAAUCUUGUGCUGUUGCGGCCGGACAAUAUGCCUGCGGGGACGAGGACUGCACAGGGAGAUAUUGGGGAGAUGCGGGCGACUUUUGAGAAAUGGGAUCCUGUGCUGACGAAGAUUAUCUCCUGCAUUCCAACCGUAUUGAAGUGGAAACUGCUGCAUCAUGAGGAAUUAGAGUCGUGGACUAAGAAUAAUAUAACCAUCCUCGGAGACGCCUGCCACCCCACCCUCCCUUACCAAGCUCAAGGUGCCGCCAUGGCCGUCGAAGACGGCGCCCUUCUCGGCGUCCUCCUGGGCGAGUUCAACAAACGCGCCGACAACACCGACAAAACCAUAAAUGGGGUGUUGAAGCUGUAUGAGUCGAUGCGCAAGCCCCGCACCACGCUGAACGUCAAGGGUGCGCUGAAUAAUCGCGACUUCUAUCAUAUGGUGGAUGGGCCGGAGCAGGAGGAGAGAGAUGCAUCCUUUAAGGGAUAUGAUUGGAGUAUUGGGGAGAGUAAGUUUGCGUGGGCGAAUGUAAAAUACCAGAAGGAUUUAUUGCGGUAUGAUGUUUUGGCGGAUGGGAGGGAGAGGUUUGCUGCGUGGAUUGGGGAGGCUGAGUCGAGAUUAUAA